UGCUCAUUCCAUCCAACGGCUCACAUUUCUUUCUCUCUUUCUCUCUCCUUCAAAUCCUUAGACAAAAGAAAAUUGCUCCAAAGGCAAAACGCAUUCUGGCCGAAAUUCUCUGCUUCUUCUUCUUCAUCACUUCCCUUCACUGAUUCCUCUUUCAUUUCGUCUUUUUUUUCUAACAAAAUCUUAGGUCUUGAUCUGUCACUUUGAUCUUUGACUCCCAAUUUGUUCGGUUCAAACGUUGCGGUCAAUUUUGGUAAAAGUAAUUGUUUUUGUGCUGUUUCAGGUUUUGGGGUUUGUCUUAUCUGAUAAUCUGGAGUGGAGCUAAGACAAGAUGCCGUGGGUUUCCUUGUUUGUGGAUCACAAAAGAAAUUGUGUUCGCUUGGUGGUGUUUUUUCGUGUGAUUCUGUAAAUUAGUUUGCUCAGUCCCCAUUAGGUUGCAAAGGAACUCUUUUGAUUAGUUUUUCUCCAUUUCACAUCCAAAGCUGUUGGGGGAUUUGAGGAUGUACUUUGCCAUAACAAUAAAGAGAUACCGAGCUGUGAAGGAAGUUGGACAAAUUAAAAUGAGUGUUGGAGUCAUUGCGUACAACCAAUUGAUGCUUGUUUGCCAGGCUGAGUAUUUUCGUCAGUUGCUAAAACCUGUUACGUAGUGUAGCUUUGAGGGACAUUGGUUUGGGGGUGGGGAUUGCCUUGUAUUGUACUUCAUCAUUAAUCAUUCAAAAGCUGCAGAGAGAUGAAGUUUUAGUUUGGAAAAGUUGGCACUUGAUGUUAGAUGGAAAUUGGAAUCACCUUAGCGCCUGCUGUUUAGUUUUAACAUUCCUUUAGGAACUUCCUUCCACCUUUAGUACAGAAUAAUUGCCAGUUGCAUAGGCUAAAUCAGCAUUGCUUCUUGAAAUUCAGUCAGAUUGAACACAUAAUAUAAUGCAGACACAGGAAUAUUUUCUCCCGGAGAAGAUGGUUCUUCCUUUGGCAGAUGACUCCAUUGAUGCUAAUGCUCAUAUGCAUGCUCCACUUGCUUCUGCCUUUGAUGCUUUUUUACCUUCAGGUGUGGGGCAGAUAACACCCUUUGAAAGAUUUAAAUUGCAGCCCUCUGAGGCAUGCCCCAAGAAUUUUGUUAUCUUUGAUCAAACAGAUCAGCGAAGUAGGAUUAUGUUCCAUCCUGCAAUGACCUACAAAUUUAACAGUCCUGGUUUGAAUGUUCAUGCUAAUUUUUCUCAAGAUUUUGAGAAGAAUAAAGUCAAUCAAAUAGAAAGAGAAUUGUCAUCUCCUUUUGAAGAAGAUCCUAAUGACAUUGAUGCAUUGUUGAGCAUAGGAGCUGAUGACCUAGAAGACUUUGAUGAGGAAGAAGUAAGCACAGCAAGGACUCAUGAAAAUUAUGAAAAUUUGUCUGAUACUUGCUCCAGUUAUUGCUCAAAAUCAAGGAAGAAGAGGCUGUCAUCAUCUUCUGUACACAAGUCUUCUGAAGCUAAUGAUGGGAAUAACAGGGAGAUAAAGAGGAUGGUGAGGAUAUUGAGAAAGAUUGUGCCUGGUGGAGGUAAUCAAAUGGAUUCUGUUGCUGUUUUAGAUGAAGCUGUUAAAUAUCUUAAGUCUCUUAAAGUUGAGGUGGAACAAUUUGGAGUUGAACCAUGAAGAUUUCAGAUGCUGCUGCAACAACAAUUGACUAUUUCUCCCACCUCGUUUGUUACUACCCUCUCUCACCAUCCAAGUUAUGACAACAGGUCUUGCAAUCUGAGUAAUAAAUUAUGACUGACAUUUUACUGAUUCAGGUUAUGUAAGAAAAUACUAUAAAUAAUUGUACUUUUAGGUUGAGCUUUACUGUGUUGCUAUGCUGGCCUAAAACUCAAUUUUUAUUAUGCAUGCUGUUAUGUUAUGAAUGUACCAUAAAUAUAUAUGGCUCAAGAUAAGUGCUUCUGGUA